AUGAACCUUCUCUCCCCUGCGUCAUCCACCUCGAGACCGAUCGACGACACCAAUAAACCCUCCAGAGAUAACUGUGACCGCCGGCGACCAGAGCAGGAGAAGUCAUCCCGCUUGCCUAACAACAUGCCGUCGCAAUCGUUGGGCCAGUCCGUGACUCCUUUCUUGAGGGAACACAUACCUGGAAUAUACGCGCCCAUCGGCAAGCCGGACAUACCAGCCAUGCUCAGCGUAAAAAACAAGGAUCCGAACAGCAAGUUUUGCUAUCGACAUCGCCCAGACUCGAAAUGCCGGAAGGCCGCCGACGAACACAAGAUGGGCGAGCUUCAGACGGAACUUGAGAUGCUUCCCCAAGCCGAUCAACAGGCCAUCAGUCAUGUGUGGGCAUUGUUCUCGGCGGCGCCCUCCAAGCACCGCGAGUUGAUGCUCAAGGGCAUGGUGACACAAUGCUGUUUCCCGCAAUUAUCUAUGAUAUCUCGAGAGGUGUCCGAAUGCUUGAAAAUCGACUUUCUAUCUACCCUACCGACCGAAUUGUCCUUCAAGAUCCUCUGCUUCCUCGACUGCGCAUCGCUAUGCAAAGCCGCGCAGGUCAGUCGACGGUGGUCGCAACUCGCUAACGACGACGUUGUGUGGCACCAUCUGUGCGAACAGCACGUGAACCGCAAAUGCACGUCUUGUGGAUGGGCUCUGCCUAAGCUGGAGACGAAACAACUGAAGGCAUUUAAGAAACAAAGACAGAUCGCCAUGCGGAACGGGCAACCCCGGAUCACCCACUUAAACGAUUUCCCCAUUCCUAUCAACACCUCCUCGACGCCAAGUCCCGGUAAGCGAGAUGCGCCUGCGCUCGAGGACAACGACAGAGCCAAAAGGCAAUGCACAAACAGUAGCCAUAACGAACCAGCUGCAAUCCAGACGGCGGUGGGCCCGAGGUUUCGACCGUGGAAGGAUGUCUACAGAGAUCGUUACGCCAUUGGCUCCAAUUGGAAGUACGGUCGAUGCUCUAUUCGACUUUUCCAAGGGGAGCACACGAAUGGCAUCACCUGCUUGCAAUUCGACGACAAUGUCCUCGCGACGGGUUCCUACGACAAUACCAUCAAGUUGUGGGACAUUGAGAAAGGAAUUGUCAAACGAACCCUGGUCGGGCACACCUCAGGUGUCAGGGCGCUUCAAUUUGAUGACCGCAUGCUUGUCAGUGGAAGUCUGGAUGGCACAGUACGCAUCUGGAAAUGGCGCACAGGCGAAUGCAUCAACACCCUUCACCACCAAGGUGGAGUCAUCACCGUUCACAUGGAUGGAGACCUGGUUGCAUCUGGCUCGAUGGAUCAGUUUAUCAAGGUAUUCAACUUCAAGACUCAGCAGUCUUUCUGUCUGCGGGGCCACGACGACUGGGUCAACCAAGUCAAGCUCGAUGGAGCAUCCAGAACUCUCCUUUCCGCCUCGGAUGACUGUACCGUCAAACUUUGGGACCUUGACACCAAGAGCUGCAUCCGCACCUACACGGGCCAUGUUGGCCAAGUCCAGCAAGUCCUUCCGUUGCCGGAUGAUUUCGAAUUCGAAGAUGGAAACUCGAGGGAUGCCGAUACUGUCUCAGUGGCCAGCGGUCGCAGCAGCUCGCCAGGACAUGGAUCUUCCAUUAACAAGUCGUCGCCACUAAUCGACGACGAGCGCUCCGCAUAUGGGCAUGCCUUUAUGGAAGACCCUGAGCGACCACUUCCCCCACGAUACAUGCUCACCGGAUCCCUGGACGCGACGAUGCGUCUCUGGGACACGGCUCAGGAUACGGUGCAGGAGACGCCGACACGAACCGGAUUCCAGAACCCGGCACAAACGGCCACCAAAGGAUGCCUUCAGACCUUCUUCGGCCACGUAGAGGGCAUAUGGGGCCUCGUUGGUGAUUCCCUCCGCUACGUGACGGGCGCUAAUGACGCGACCGUCAAGGUGUGGGAUCCCAAGUCCGGCCGGUGCGAGCGGACUUUCGCCGGCCACGAAGGGCCUGUGACCUGCGUGGGUCUCAGCGACAGCCGCAUGGCCAGCGGAGGCGAGGACGGUGUGGUGAGGCUGUACAAGUUCGACACGGAUCCGAACGAGGCCGAGGAGUUCGGCACGCCGGCUUAA